AUGUUGCGACAGGGUUCGCGUUUCCUUCUCAGCCGAGCUUCCGCCGCUUCGAUGAGGUGGAGCCGCCCUUUUUCCACUGAUCUACCGGCGGAGAACGCAGGGGACUCCAAGUUUAUCGACGCCUGGAAGAAAGUGAUGCCAAAUAUGGAUCCGCCGAAAACCCCCUCGGCUUACAUGGCUCCUCGCCCGCCGACACCGCCCACCAUCCCCUCGAAGCUGACAAUCAAUUUCGUUCUUCCGUACAAUUCCGUGUUGUCCAGCAAAGAGGUCGAUAUGGUCAUUGUACCAGCAACUACUGGACAGAUGGGUGUUUUGCCUGGUCACGUACCAACAAUUGCUGAGCUCAAACCAGGGAUUCUAUCUGUUCAUGAAGGUAAUGAUGUGACCAAGUACUUUGUGAGCGGUGGCUUUACCAUCAUCCAUGCAAACUCUAUUGCCGAUAUUGCUGUCGUUGAGGCCACCCCGAUUGACCGCAUUGACCCGAAUUUGGUUCAAACGGGCCUUACUUUGUACCAGCAGAAGCUAAGCUCUGCAACAACUGAAGUUGAGAAAGCUGAAGCUCAAAUUGGGGUCGAUGUACACAGUGCUCUCAAUGCUGCUCUUACUGCUUAA